AUGUCUAGGCAGCAGAUCGUCUUCAACUCUUCAUGGGUGGCCCGAGUUCACACUAUAUGCGCAAGUGCUGCAUUCCUAUGUGCGCUGGCGGUCGGCACAUCACUACAUUAUAAGAAAAUAGUCAAGAAUGGAGUAGCCGGAUGGCCACAAGAAUGGUGGCCCAGUGUAUCUGCUACCAUUGGUGACUGGUACCCUGAACGCAAUCUCUUCCAAAUUCUCAUUGCGUUGACGUCGGGCCCACGUUUUGGUCUUGUAUUCCUAUGGUGGUUCGUUACGAGGACUAAACAUCCUAAAGCAGCCCUGGCGAUUGCCAUUUGCGGUGUGAUACGAACUGUAUCAUGUGGAGGAUGGGUUUACAUCACUUCAAACGACGAUCAUGAUGCCCAUGACGUUCUUAUGAUCAUAUAUGUGGUCUGCAACCUCCAUGGAUGGUCGGGAGUAUUUCCUACACACCACAUGGACAACAUUCGUCUCGGAAACGCAGGUAUGUCAAAAAUCGUUGCAACUUCAUUCUUUGGUGCUCUACCUCCUAUGAUAUAUUUCUUCAUUCGACAUAAGGUUCAGAGAAUCCCUGGAGCUUAUACACAUUACAGCUUUUUCGAGUGGUGGUUAAUCGUGGCCGACAUGCUUUCGAUUCUCUUAAAUCUGCCGAAUUUAAUUUCAAUCCGCACCGUGGGCAGUAGCAGCGCAGAAAUCGAAAAGUAUGGCAAGAUAACCAGAGUACCCGAAACUGAUAUCUCUGCUGAUUCUAUACAUCCAAAGGCGAGCAUAGAGUCGAAAGUUUUGCCAAAAAAUGUCCAGGAGAAGAAGCCGGAAAACGCUGCGACCAGUACUAUAUCUUCGAAUCGGCCUGGAUUGAUUAAAUCAAUCAUUUUCUCUCAAGCAGCUACAUACGCGGCAGAUUUAUAUCUUUCCUAUUGUUCAUGGUCCGUUUACACAUCGCUGGCUAUUACCUUAUUUUAUUUCAACAUUUGGGAGCUUGGCGUCACCGGCUCUGAGUUAGCAGUUAUCAGUACACUCACACCAUUCUGGCUUGGUAUCAGAUCAUUCAGGAAAAGUAUGGCUUCUCACACGGGCCAAGUCGUCACCCGGGCUUGCGUGAUACUUGGCAUGGCAGCCUAUGCUACGGACGAACCACUUGGCCGUUUGUUCAUUGUUGCCUUUGCUAACAUGGCCUUGGGUAUUGACUGGGCGAUUACUUGGAGCGGAUUGAAUGAACACGUCAAUCCCAUGGACAAUUCGCUGGUCCUUGCUGCUGGUUUCAUCCUUGCCAAUCUGUCUAAAUUGGCUAAUCAUUCUAACAACCCUGUUUGGCCGAUUGUUGACUCGCGCUCCGGUGGAUGGAACAAGACUGGGUUGUUCUUGGCACUGCUAGCCCUCGUCCAGUUUGCAUCUCGACCUCCCACAUCUACCCGAGAAGUCGUCAAACUGGAUAGCUCCAGAACAUGGAUGUCGAGCGUUGGCCUGGGAGGAACCAUUUUCGCCUUGUACUCUUUGUUCGCCGACUCAGGAACAAUUGUUGCAUGGUCAUGGACUGGAUACCCAGCCAAAGGACCGAUCCCCGGAGUAAUAUCCGGCUCAGUCACUAUUUCUGUAUUGUGUGCUGGUAUUGCUUUAGCAAGUAGAGCAUGCUUCAUAAUGUAUCAGUACCGUGAUUGGGUCGGAUACGCCGGAGGAUUGGUGUACGGUCUUUUCUUAAUGUCUAUCUUCCCCAAGAUGCUUCAAGAGUCGGCAUUCCGUGGCAGCGCUUGGGUUUAUUAUCUAAUGUGGUUGACGAUAGUCGCAUUGAUACUCGCUGAUGUUUGGGCAACUGCAUACGCAUUUGUGCCGGGUGGUGUGUAUAUGCGGGAGAGAACUGACAUUGUCCUCACAGCCGAGGUGAUUGCCAUUGCUUGUGGCGUACUUAAUUGGGGAAAGCGUACGAUAGGGUCAAAUGAAGCACAGUCUUCUAAUACUCCAUCUGUAUCGGUAUUUGCUAAACUCAAGUCUCGUAUUCGGGCUACUCUGGGUCUUGUUAUGGUUCUGGCAAUGUCGGUGGCAUUGUAUCGCACGCCCCGGAGUCCGCCGGUGCCUCACCACUCGGGUGAUCGAUUGAUUACUGCUGGGAUCUGGACAAUGCACUUUGGACAAGACAACGAGGGUAGGGAUAGUCAGAGGAGAAUGCGCAAUUUGAUACGCGAUAUGGAGUUGGAUGUUGUUGGUCUCCUUGAAACUGAUUUGCAUCGGACUGUAUUUGGCCACCGAGAUCUGACACAAGUGAUAGCAGAAGAGCUUGGCUAUUAUGUUGGCAAGUCUUCGCAACAAAGAGGAUCUUGGACCGGGGCCCAACUCCCAUACCUGGGGUGCUGUCCUCCUCUCCAAGGCAAGUCUACUCAUAUUGACCCCGUGGUUUUCCCAAUUUUGAACUCGACGCAUCAUUUGCUGCCCUCGCCCAACGGCGAACUUGCGCCUGCUAUCAGUGCGGUUAUCGAUGCGUGGGGAACCAAAGUCCAUGUUGUUGUCUCACACAAUGGACAAGAAGAAGACCCCCUGGAUAGGGAGCUCCAGAGCAAAAAGCUUGCUGAAAUUAUGAACGCGACAUUCCCAGAGCCUACGAUCUUCCUAGGAUAUGUCGUAACGAAGCCACAAUCUCCUCGACCCGCACCCUACUUUUUCUUAACCGAAGACGGACGAAUGCAUGACAUCGACCAUUUGGACUGGGACCGGUGGUGCGAAUAUAUUCUCUACCGAGGACUCUGGCGAGUUGGAUAUGCUCGCGUCAGCCGAAGCACAAUCACCGAUACCGAGCUCCAAGGCAAGUCUCUCACCCCCUUUUGUCCAUCGACUUCCUCUCACGCGUGCUUAUACAGUCGGCAAAUUCGUCGUGCCCAAACAUGGAUUACCAUCACUGGCGAAAGCGAUGAUGACCGAUACAUUCGCUCGCGCAAGGAAGACAUGCCACCCGGACACCUCUUCAACGAGGCAUACUACCCUCCACAUGGGAAGAACGGACAUGUAUACCAUGUGUUUAACUACCCACUGCAUUACAAGAUACCCGAUUAUGCGCCCCUCUAA